AUGGUAACGUUAAUUCUGGAGCCGAUUACCUCUCGCAUACGCGUUAAAGGCCACAGCGACAGGACUUGGAGAAAAGACAAGGAGAAGAAAGACGAGAAGGAGGAGAAGGAUGAGGAGAAGAAGGAAGGUGGAACUGUGUCGCCGAUCAAAAUAUAUUCGGCUGUAUAUAUUUCCGAUUUCGACAGCGACGAGGACAAUUACCCGUAUUACGACAGUGGCGUUGGCUUCAGCUACGAUAACAACAAUAGUAAGAGCAAUAGUACGCAAAAUUCACAGUCGCCUCGUGUAUACGAAUUCGGCAAGUUCGAAGAAAACUAUGACUGGAUUCAAUGCCAAUCUAAAAGCUAUUCCAAUCACGUGUACUACCACAACACGCGGACUGGCUGCAAUACAUGAUACAGACUUGUUUCGCAUUUUAUGGAAUUCUUUAUCUCAUUCGCCUCUGUUAGAAGAGUAACAAAUUACACGGGCGAUAUUGUGGAAUCGACAAACGAUUUGGAAUUGAUGUCAGUAUCAGAUGAUGAAGAAGAGAAACAAAUUUCUGCACGCGAUGGCAACAAUUGAUCGAUGGUGCGAUAUUAUUACACCCCAGAUGCUGAUGAGUCGUGCAAUAUGACAGACGGAAGUGACUGUUACAAGGAAAAGAAAAGACAAGACAUAGACGACGAGAACAACAACAUAAUCUAUUCGCCAUUGUAUGUCGCAAAUUUUCUUGAGAAUGAAUUUUUUGAGGAUACCGAGGAGAAGACUAAUCAAAUAUUAGAGAAGACUAAUUACAUAUUGGACUCGUUGAACACUUCGGACAUAUUUUCCUUCCCAACGGAACUCGUCAUAUAUGGCGUACCGCGUUUGAAAAAGAUCGACGUUGAGUGCCAAUUAAUCAAGCCAAAAAGAACGUACGUCACCAGAAGUCGGAAAAAGCCAGAAUCCAAGAAGAUCGUAAGCGACAUGUACGGCGUACGGACCAUCAGUUACAAUCUACCUGAACCGGAUGAGGUAUGCGCAGCGAUGGGAGUGAAAAUAUCAAUGUUGAGCGACAGCGAAGCGAGCAUAUUACCCUCGCGACGCACGAAAAUGAUGAGGUUGCUGGAAUCUGAAUGGCGUGAUAUAGAGAAGAACUUGCAUCAACCGUUAUUGAGCGACUCAAGUUCCAGUUCAUCGUCACGGUCCGAUACGACCAGCUCCAAUUCUAGCUCUAGUUCUAGCUCGAAUCAAAAUAACAACUUCAGUUCCAGCUCCAGCUUUUGCUCGUGUUCUUCUUGCGACAGAAAUGCUUGA